AUCACGUGAUAGCUAUCGGUGGAUCCUUCUCCUCCGACACAUUGUUGCUGUGCCACAGACUACUCGUUUGGUGAGUUCAGUAGAGCCCCAGGCAUAGAACACAGCCUCGUAGUUCUUCCAGGUGGAACCGGGGUUCCGAGACACAACAAUGUCUGGGUCGUUUUUUUAUGCAACUCUCUCUCCAACCUCUCUUGCUUCGCUUCGUGCGCACGCUUUCGUGUCAGAUUCACAGUAUCUGCAAAACGCUUUUUUAACGUUUGCUACUUGUUGCAUCCUAAAGUGGGAGGUUGCACAGCAAUGUUAUGGGUACAACUUGAGGAUCCGAAUUGUUAGGGAGGUUGACGCAACCGGUAAGGGCGUGUGCCUGUAGAGGUUUCGUGGGAGCUGCUCCAGCUCUGGUAGCUCAUCAUCUGAAAUCUAGUCUCUCCAAAUGAUUGAUUUAUCCACAGUAGUUUACAGGGCUAGCGUUUGACACAAUGGAAUCAUUUACGGUUUUGGCUGUCGAGGGUCCAGUCAAUGCAAUAUUCGAUAGAUGCGGACUCGAGGGAAGGUCUAAUGUUGCAAAGUUCUUUAAGU